GGGACUGAGCGCACAGCCAGGGGUAGGUGCGGUAGUGCGGCGUCUGAUGCGCGCAGAGAGACGACACUCGCAGGGCUGGACGGACACGCACCGCAGAAACAGUAAUGCACACAAAAUGAUGCGUCUACGAGUUGAGACAAGCCGCUUCGUGUGAGGGAAAUAGAGAAACAACAAAACGCCAAACACCGGAAGCUCUGUCGUCCAGAUUGAAGCGCUCGCGCAGGCAGUGCGUUUGCCGCAGAAAUCAUCCCACCGAUGCGCCUCAGCUGUGUAUGAAUCCUUCCGCUUGGUUUGCAGGUCCAGGACAAAACCGGGCGGCGUUGAAGACUGUGUGUGGUGGAGACUGUUUGUGAGUGCACCUUAUCUGCGUCCCCACACACCACUUGGCACCUUCUCCAGGAUGGCGUUAACAAUCUGCACGAGAUUUACCGAUGAAUAUCAGCUGUUCGAGGAACUGGGAAAGUAAGGAGCAUGUUUUUCUUUUUUUUUUUCAUUCAUCCGGCAUCAUCACCACCAUCAUCAUCAUCAUCUCUGUAUGAAAUGUCAGCCUGUUAUGUAAUGGGCCGCCUGGCUUAAGGACGCGGAUUCCGGGCUCUGUGUCUGUGCGUUUUUGUAUGUGUGAGUGUGUGUGUGUGUGCGCGCCGCUGGUAGCCAUGAAGCCUAUGAUGCAGGAGGGGGGGCUGAACACACUGUCAUGUAUCAUGCAGCCCUGUGCUGUGUGGCAUCCUGUUUGUUUUAAUCCCACAUCAGAACGGCCUGCUUACGUUCUGUUUUUACCAACGAAGACGUCGAGGCGAGCGUGUCAUUUUGUCUCCAUCCUGUGCAGCCGCCACCGAUGUUGCAUUUCGACCUUUGGGUGCCACAGGAGGGCGAGGAGCUCCCAUGUUGUAAACUGAACCGGGGUGAAAUGCAAUCGGGGUGUGUGAAAUGGUGAGAUUUAGAGACCCACCACCCCCUCUCUCCCUCCCCCACUCCCAAAUCUCCCCCCCUCGCUUGACAGAAAUACACACUCGGUAAUGCGACAGCAGACCAUGUAGUUGGCGAUGACACAUUCCCCAGCCAAGCACCGAGCUGCGGUCAAUUAUCGGACACAGGCAGGGAAUUCCUCACCCCUGGGAGAGGGAGAGACAGGGUGAUCCAGGUACAUGCGUGUCCACGCUCACGGACGCGUAUUUGUACCUGUGUGAUGUGGAGCUGCCCAGCCGGCAGUCUGCCUAGCACCCCACGGUCACCGUAUUUAGUCCUAGAUUGCCUGCAGCCUGGGUUGACUUUCAGCUGACACAUGAGAGAGAAAGAGAUAAAAAUGUCCUCAAGGUACCCAGUGUCUCUAACUGGAGGUAUUGAUCCCCUAUCACCCACUGGCAGAGGCCCGUGGUUCAUGUAAGGAAGAGCAAAUCUGUGCAGCCUCGUUUAUGAUCCUUUGGUCGUAUUCCUCUUAUACCAUAUGUCAUUAAUAAUGCAGCCCUGUAGCUUUUAUAGUACCUUUUAAAUCACCUGAUCUCUAUAGCUACUGUGUGCAGCACCAUCUGACUCUAGUCGAACAGCAGACCAGCUAUCACUGAGAAGGAAAAUGACACAAUGUACAAAAACCAUCAGUGUUAAAAUGGUUAUUCAAGAAUAUUCUAACCCAACUAAGAUUUUAAAGACCACUUUUGUACUCCUUGUUACAUUAAUCAACUGGGGUACAUGCCAUAUUCUGUCUGAUAUGGGAUUUUUGGAUAAAUACUUCCCCAAGUGUAAUAAAAAAUCUUUCCAAAUCAAAUCAAAUGUAUUGCAGCAGGGCUUGCAAUAUUGUACUGACUGGAUUAAAAGAAGCAAAACCACUGAUAUGUUAAGGUAAAUGCAAUAUUAUGUUAAAAUGCCAAACGAGUCCUUUGGCCACUUUAAAAUUUAAACUUAAAUACAUUUUGGGCAGAAAUCAUGUUAAAUCUGUACAUCGUAUUUUGUUACUGAUCUUGAACCAACUACACAAAACAACCCUGUUAAAGGAAGUAUGGCUGCUACCUCUGAACCUAAACCACUACUUGUAUAUGAAGAAGUAGAGGUAAUUAUGCAGUGCAGCUACCAUACCUUCCCGAAUGUCCUUAAAAGCAACACACUUUAAAACCUUCAUGGGGUAGUAGAGUAAAAUUCUUAUAUAACAUGUUAUGCUAUGAUCGUUUCCUCUGCCAAAUCCCCUAUAAAUUAGAGGUAAGCUUUAGUUGCAAGCUGCUCACUCUAGAGGAUGUUAGAUAACUCAUAGACAUCACUGUACGCUGUGAUAACCUAGGCAUAACACUUUGGUUAUUUUACACUGUUUCAACCAAAUAAAUUAUUUCACGGUACCAUCACGCUUCAGCUGUCAGCCAUUAGAGGUGGUGCGAGUGGAGGAACAGGGUUCAUUUGAGGUAAUGGUUUCUCUCUCCUUUGUGUCUCCAGUGUCUGAAUCUGAGUGCUACUAACUGUCUGUGAUGACUCUGAUGUUGUCAGUAGCAAGACACGAUGAGAACAGAUUUGAUUUGAGAGAAAAAGGCGUGCGCAGACGGAGAUGGAGCUUGAAUAGCAAAGCGGCCUGUAUGGCUGCAGAGCCGAGCCAAGCAGCUCUGUGGCUACAUUUAGAGAUAAGAGAUGCAGCACUCCACUAUUUUUCUCCUCCUCUCUCAAAUAUAGCUGACCUAGUUUUUUCAUCUUCAUACAUGUGCCUGAAACGCCUGAACAACACAGGAUCUAAACAAUGGGAAGCUGGUGAGCAUGUUGGUUGGUGUUUAGGUCUCAUGUAGUGAUGAGGACAGCGUGUACUGUGGGUGUGGGGUGUGAGUGUAUUUGUGUUUUACAUACUGUAGGUGCUGCACUUACGCUGCAUCCAUAUUUCAGAGAAUUUCAUGCUGAAAUGUUGUCAAUAAUAUUGACUCAGAAAGCAUACAGUUAAUGACAGCGCAGAGCUGCGGUCAUAAAAGCUUUAUUUUGGUAAAUGUAGCUUAUUUUUUGAGAAUCUAGUUCUUUUACGUAACCAUGGAAACCUGAACUUCCACACAAGGGAUGCUCAAUACAGUUUCUUACCCAUUUUCAGUUUCAGUACCAAGACUGGAGCGUUGGCAGAUGCAGAAUACCUCUAUAAUAAAGGUGCAUUUUAUAGAAUUUAGCAGCAUUUAGCAGACCAGACUUGGUAGAAAUGGAAGUAUAAGAAUAGGAGCGUGCCCCCUUCCAUGGAGACCGUCAUCUUGCACAACCAUGGUUUCAGAGCACAAAAUGGACAAACUUUGAACAUGAGGGUUUUUGUAUUUGGUGAGUGGCAGUGUGAAAUGCUCUUACUGGAAGAUAAAGAACAUGAGAGUGGAUGCUGUGGGUGAAAAAAAAUGUGUACUGAUAGAGAUUUAUGGUGGGAAAACUUGACAAAUAUAAGAUCACACUUAUGAUGCAUCACAGCGGCUCCUUGGCUUCAAAGGUCACAGCCAGUUCACAGACGAGAGGGGUAAGCAGGGAAACGUUUCAGUCAAGAAUUGAACCUCAAAACCUGCCAGAUAUACAUAUUUCUAUACACCGCAUAUUUGAAGAAAUAUCAUUCUUAUCUAACAACUAUACUUAAAAUUCUGUCACGUGUUAUUGGUUUCAUAUUUCUCUGUCCUUAAAAAAGGCAAGCUUGAAGUAGGGGUGGGAGAAAAAAAUCAAGAAAGUAUAGUAUUGUGAUAUUUUUUCUGGUGAUUUAUCGUAUUGUCCCAUUUACCAAGUAUCAAUUUUUCAAAUUAUUUGCUAAUCUAUGGUAAUGGAAAAAUGAAAUCAACUGUUUGUGCAGUGAGGGUGGUUGAAGUGACAUCAUAGAGCAAGAGAAAGUUAGUACAACAAGGUUUUGAGGAUGAACUCCAUGAAAAUAAAAUACAGCAUAAAUGAGACAAACAUAAUGGAAAAAAGUAACGCUAAAUCAGCUAAACAGUUGUAAAAAUUGUAUAAAUCACAGUAUAAUGUAUUGCAACACUCACUAAACUGCAAAAUGUUAAAAAUCGCAAUAAUAUUGUAACGUGGCCCAAGUAUCGUGAUAAUAUCGUAUUGUGGGGCCACUAGUGAUUCUCACCCCUAGCUUGAAGCGAGCCGAGCUAAUUAAUCCCAUUGAAGAAGUGGCAUGUGUGUGGGUGACCAUAUUUUUAAAACUCCAAUUUUACCAUAAAUUCACAUGUACAAUUUGUAUCUGUAUCUAUCUGUACUCACUACGUUUGCUAGUUUCAAUAUGGCUUUGCACAUAAACCUUUCCAUUAGUGGUUACUGAAAAGCUAUUCUUGCAGUGUGUGCAAAACGCAGCAUACACAUUGCCUGGCAUGUUUAAAAUAAACCUCUACUGACUUCAUUUACCCCAUGACAGCUAUGCAACGUCAUGUUGUAGGCUAGCUGAGCAGCAGCCCACAUGUGACAGGAGGGACGUUUGCAUGUGAAAUUAGAGUAUUUGUGCAUUAGGGAUGUUUUUCUAUUGGUUAAAACAGAAACAGCCUUAACAAUGGCACUGAUUGACAUGUAUACGGACAAAUGCAAGCAUGGUGCAUUGUUUUGGUGUUACAGCUAGUUAAAGCCAGGGCAGAGAUUGUUCAAAACCAAGAGCUAGGAAACAGCCUGAUCCUGUUCAAACAAGAAGGUAUGGACUCCCUAGUAUUGAAACAACUGUACAGAUUAGGGGACUCUAGUCAAGCUAGUUUGUUCACCUAGCGUUACCUCAGGCUUAGACAAUAAAGAUCAGAAUGAUGGAAAUUUAACGUCUUGUAUUGAUACCUGUAUUUUGUUUAAUAUGACAGCUUAUGUCUCUUCAUAUGUUUCUUUCAGGGGCGCAUUCUCUGUGGUCAGGAGGUGCGUCAAGAUCUCCUCUGGACAGGAAUAUGCUGCCAAAAUCAUCAACACCAAGAAGCUUUCUGCCAGAGGUAGGACACACCAAUACAGUACAUAAACACGGGAAGAAACACACACAACCAGAUCUCACAAAACACACACCACACAUGAACAGAAAACGUGCCUCAAGUGUCACUGAGUUCCGUGUGGAUGAGCUGUGAACAUCGCUGCCCCUGAAACAAGCACUUGGGCUUUGAUAGGGAACAAGUGUGUGUGUGUUUGUGUGUUUGUGUGCAGAAAAGUCAGUGAGUGAGAGACAGCAGGCACACAGGGGGCAGAGACUCAUCUGGAUUUUGGUUGAUUAAGUUUUCUGUGUGUACACAAAAGUACACAACAGAUAUUUCAAGUGAAUUCAGCGUUUGCAUCCUGACACUUUUUGGGUGUAUUGUUGUACAGUACAUGCUCACCUUCCCUUUUGCGUUAUUAAUAUCUGCUCUUUGGUUUCUAUGUAAAUGCUUGUCACAUGCAACUUUGUGCCUUUUUUUGUGCGCGUGUGUGUGUGUGUGUAUUCUGUAUUGAUUCAGGGCUCUGGCUGGUCUUGUCGUCCCAGGGGCAGAUCUCUUGUGAAGCCGACCCAGUUCUUUCACAUCCGUCACUGUAAUUGUAGCCGCUGGCCUGGUUGCCUUAGGCUUGGGACGCGCGCGCACACUCACACAGACACACACACACACACACACUAGCUCCAGCUCGAACACACAUAUGUGCAUGAAAGCACACACAUGACCCAGGAACCGCCAACAGCAUAUUCGUGAAUAUUAACCAAUAGUGUGUUGUCCCCAUGCUGUUCCUACUUAUGUCCAGCCAAUGGCGUGUUUUGUUAUGGUUUGCAUGCCUGCGACAGCCAAUGGCUGCUGUCAUACCACACAAGGACUCAGGCUUCUUUAGAUAUGAAGGGAGCCAUCGAGCUAAAUUAGAUUUCUGAUAAUACUCUGGAAAUAACCUUGCCUAAUGUUUUGCGUGUCUUUUGCCUGUAGUUUUGUUGUGGUAAUAAAAUGGUUGUUUUUAAAGUGUUCUUCCCCUUUUUUGCUGUAUUGUGCCCGUCAUUCCUUUCCAGCUGCUCCUAUUCUCUCCUUUCCUCAGCAUCCUUCCUCUCUUCUUGUUUUUCCACUCUACAGCAUGUACUUGUUACUCCAAUUCGGAAUUUUUUCCUUUCCCAGUUUUUACAUGUUUCCUGUUUUUUUGUCGAAUAACGCAACGUCAAAUUUCUAACCAGUUAUGCCAACCCAACUCCUCCUUUUUGAAUAGUUCUGUUUUUUCUCUCCUUCCACUAAAAGGACCUGCUAGUUCCAUCUUUCGUUCUUCCACUUGUGUUGACCUAUCAUUUGCUGUGUACCGUGUUAGUAAUAGACACCUCAGCAGUCAGGUCAGCGUCCCACCAUUUGCAUGCUGGGACAGAUUUUCCAAAAAUACUGCAAUGGGUUAUCUCACCACUCACACAUGCAGAUAUGUGGGUGUGCAUGCACUCUCUCUUUCUCUUCCUUUUGUCUGUGUGUGUGUGUGUGUGUGUGUGUGUGUGUGUGUGUGUGUGUGUGUGUGUGUGUGUGUGUGUGUGUGUGUGUGUGUGUGUGUGUGUGUGUGUGUGUGUGUGUGUGUGUGUGUGUGUGUGUGUGUGUGUGCGCGUGCAAGGUUUACAUACCAUGCAUGCUGGCAUGUCAGAUAUGGUCUUACCCUCUUUCCGCGAUAAGCCCUAGAAUUGCAACUCUGAUUCCCUUCUCUCUGGCAGGAUCAUGACCUCCCCCCAACCCCACUCCACCACUGUGUGUGUAUGUGUGUGUUUGCUUAUGCGAGUGCAUGCGCGUGAGUGCAUAUAAUUGAAAAGGGUUUAGAGCAGGAUUGGUGGCUGGAAAGCAGGCAGAUCAGGGCACUGAGUGUGUAUAUGACUGUAUGAGUGUCUAGUGUUUCUAGUUAUCCAUGCACAUGUGUGAUAUAGUCUACUGGACCAGUCUUACAGUCUGCAAUCCUGAUUAUACAGCAAUUCAUUAAGAGCAGCAGAUGAGUCAGUGAAUGAGAGGAAGCAGCAAAAAAAGGAGCGAUAAUCAGAGGGAGAAAAGAACAAGACAGAGAGUCAAUCUAUGACUGUGUGUGUAUCUACGUGUUUAUGUGCUGUAUCCCUCACAGCAGUUGUAUAUUUGUCCUCUCCCUUCAUGCAUGCGUCAGUGUCCUGUCACUGUGACUCUGUCUGCUAGCUUUUGUCACUUUGUAUUUGCCUGUGAUGUGCUGUGCAUGUGUGUCGGGUGCAAAUUUGUACUUGCUUGUGUGUGUGUGUGUGUGUGUGUGUGUGUGUGUGUGUGUGUGUGUGUUCGCGUGUGUGCGUGCAUGCAUGUGUAUAAUCCCACAUCUAUUUUUGUGUGGUCUGUGCACAUGAUUGUCCUUGUUUGUGUACGUAUGCACUUGCCUUGUGCCUGACUGCGUGGCCCUCUUUUGCUUGUCUUGACAUUUUUUUUGUACAUUUUUUGUUGAUGCAUGGCAAAAAAGACUUUUUAAAACUUUAAUUUAAAAAAAAAUUCCAUUGCAUUGUGGGAGUGGCAGAGGGUUACAGAGGUCGAGUAAAGAAAUGUGGCAUCAAAAUGAAGAUUUUCAGGUGUAGGUGUCGAUGUGGCCUUUCUGUCUGUCUCUGUUUCUGUCUCAUUUAAAUUAUUGCUCUGAAUUAAGUUGAAGUGAGCUUGUCUGAUAGAGUUUAACCAGAGACUUAACCAUCAUUGUUCAUGAUCUGAUCCACUAAUCUGUUAUUGAUCGUCCUUUAUUGUUGACAAUCUCUGUGGCUUUCUGGUGCUGAUUUUUUUUUGGCGCUGUCAUGGUUACAGAGAUGAUGAUGAUAAUAAUUGCUUUGGUUUGUACCGUUCCCACUUGGUGUUUCACAUAUUUUCAUAUGAAGCAGUUUUUUUUUUCCCUUCUCCCUUAUGUACUCGUCCCUCAUUAGUCAAGAUAAAGAUUAGUCCUCCCACCUGCUUUACCUUCCCUCUCUUGACACCUUCAUGGUUCCUCCUGUGUCGCCGUGUCCAUGUUUUGCCUCUCUUUGAAGAACAGGAUGCAAGGAGAGAAAGAGGAGAUGUGAUUGCGGAAGAGAGAAAUGCAGGGAGAGAGACAGAGAAGUAGGAAAGGAAGGAGGGAUCAGAGGGGAGAAGGGGGGAAUCACAUGACUCACUGGGUACUGGGCUAAAAAUAGAUGUUGGUCAUUCUCGCACUCUGGGUGUCUCUAUCUAGCUCUUAGACACACGUAUACACACAUACAAAUAUUUGCACACACAAACGCGUUAUUGAGUUCUGAAAUUCUUCCUUUUUUUUUUGAGAGGACAGGUUUUUGGGUUUGAUGAUCUGGCUGUGUGUGGUGAAUAAAAGGUAUGAGACUGAGCCCAAACAUUAUGGGUGUUUGUGUGAAUAUACUCGUGCUCUCAUCUUGAAUCUAGACAAUCCAAAGACGGUGUUAAGAAUUGUAUAUUUUUAUACACCCAGAGUUAACCAUAGCUUAAAAAAAUGCAGCGCGUACUAAAAAAGGAAGAGUGAUUCAAAUACCACAGUAUCCAGAUUACUUCAAUUUUGGAAUUUCUGGGAACAUCUGCUUGCCGAGUGAGUGUCAAAAAUCACGUGAUCAAACUUCCCUUUUUAAACUUUCUAAAUGAUGUAAGCUGUCAUCAAAUUUGCAACGCUUGCACUUUGAAAAUGUCUAGAUAUGGAGAUAAGAAAUGAUGAUUGCUAAGAGAGGGAAUAGCUUACAGUAUGACCAACAAGGGUAAUGGACUCAAUAUAAGGCAAGGGUGCUGUUAAUCAGAGUCAUCUCCCCACCUCUUCCCAUUGUCUCUCUUUAAUGUUUUGUCCCUCUGUCCUUUUUAACCUCUCUGUUUUUUUUUUGUUGUCUGUCUGUCUGACUCACCCUCUGCCCCCUUCUCCGAACAGCUUUCUCCCCUCUCCCUGUCCUCCCUCACACACAUUCAGAUCAUGACCCUUCUAGUUUAAUCACAGUUCUUGCUUGUACAUUAGAUUCUUGUCCAGUCCACCAUUUCAACUCCUCAAAAAAAAUCACGUCUAUCUGAUUUAUUGUGAUACAACUUUAAAAACAUCAACAGAAAAACAAAAGUUCUGCUCUUCCAGUUUUCCCAUUUUACAGUACAGCUCAAGUUUCACAGCAAAACCAAAAGCAGAGGGUGAAGAUAUUUGUUGGAAAUGCAACAUUUGCAGGCGUGGGAUGCAGUGUAGCUGCAGAACAUAUAGCUUUUUCUGUAAAAAAAAGAGAAAAAAAAAACUAUUUCUUUCUGUACUUCUCAGGAAAAGAAAAAGCAGCACACAAAAAGUCUCUCAGGAUUUGUUGGAGGAUACUUUAGGUUAAGUUAUAGAAAAUCCUGAACUUGUUUCUUAAAGAGCAACAGAAGUGCGCUCUUUCAAAGUGUGUACAUACUUCAGUGCAGUGCAUGUGCAUAUUGGUCACAUAGGUCUUCAUAUUAAGCUGUGUCUCAAAAAAAACCUUUGCUGGUUGCUAUGCUGGCUCUUGUGGUAACUAGGGUGCUAUGCAGUUUCUUUGUCAGGAAAUGAAGAAACAUUUUGUACAGUGAUUACAGACACAGUCUUGACUCUGCUGCUGCCAGUACUCCCCUGUAACAUCAUCGUACCUCUAAUGUGGCUUCUGGCAUUAAAAAUUAAGGAGUAAAGAAGACUCACUUCUGCAUUUUAUUUUAAACUUUCUGUCUCAUAAUUUGUCAGAAUUCUCUGAUUUAAGCUUCAGGAUGUCCUCAGUCGUCACAUCAACCCCCUUUUUUUGGUUAGUCAAAUGUCUGGGUGGCUGCAUUAUGCUGAAUAAGAUUAUGCAGACAUUACUGAACAUUAUUAGCCCCUCAGCAAUACCCUGGGGGUGACUUUAUCUCUGAUAACAGCCGCCUUUGUUUCCCCUUAUAAGAGAAAGUAGGGGUGUUAUCGGCCUCAUAAUCCAUCCUCUUUUGGGAACCAGCAGAGGGUGACGGUGUCUCAGUAGCCUGCGUGAUUUCAUUAGACCUUUGGGUUCUGUGGGAUGUAAAAGUGAAGCACAUGGCUGCGGGCCAAAAAGACUGUAACACUGAACCGAUUGUGUUUUUAUCACUUUAAGCUCUUUGUUGAAAAUGUUAAAGAAAUGUCCUCAUCUUGUUGUGGGUCAGUUUGGACUGUGUGUGUUGGAGUUUGGACUUCAACUCGUGUUUACUUUCAUCAUUAUUAGACUCAUUAAUAAUUACCAACAUAGUGACCAACAAAGUUUUGGUGUCCUCAAAACAAACUUUUAUCAUCAAUUUAUUAUUAAAACAUCUCCUGUGAAACUUCAAAUGUCCUUUUUAACUUUAAAGGGGUGCAUACAAACUAUUUUCUUUGUUCAGAUCAAAGUGUUUUGGCAGGAAAAUAUUGUUUUGAUGGCAAAAUCAUCUUUCUAUAUAUCAUUUUUUAAUGUUAAUAUCGAAGGCAACAUUUUCAUGACCAUCAUACAUUCUUAGAAAAGUUGGUGUGUAAUACCUUGAUAAAUAAACAUUGUCUGAAUGGCAGAAUAUGUUGGAUGCAGUCAGAAACGGUGUCAGACAACUUUUUUUGACAUGGCAUCAAAAUGAAAUCGAGCAUGUCAAUUUAGUUUCAACAUUUAUUAGUUUUUAUUACAAUGUUUUACUGGAGGCUGCAUUGUUUUGGAAUUGGGGAUGAAGUCUGUUUUCAAGAAUUAUAAAGAGUUUUCAUGAAUUAGUUUUCCGUGGGUUAAAAAUGUCACCAUAUUCUAAGAAAAUGUGUCAUACUCUGUGGCCUUGUGGUGUAUGGGUCAUAUUGCCCAUAAUUAUGAGUUAGUUAACCUACCACUAGUAAAGUCAGUGGUAACUGUUUGGUGACAAAAAUUGAUUGUAAACUUUUUGUAUCAUUAUGAAACGAAAGAUGAGAUUGAUCUUUUUUGGCUGGUUUUCAGGUUAAACGGUUGACCACCUUUUGCUUUUUGUUGAUUCUGUAGUUUGGCUCCUGUCUCUUGCUGAUGUUUCCCCUGGCUCUUUUUUUUUUUGUCUAUCUCAGUGUCUACUCUGUCUGUCUCUGUGUCUGUUUGUAUUAGACUUACAUGAUGUCGAAGAACAAACAGCAAAGAAGAAACUCACAAACACACCCAUUCACAUAGAGCAGUACAAUCUGCUGCAGUGCGGUUGCAGACGCGACACAUCACAAACCGACUGAAAGGGAAGCAGCAGUGGAGAGAGACAGAGGGAUUGUCUGGGACGAGUUUGGACUGGAAACACUGUGUGACAUCUGUUUUAUAGGUCAUGUUUGCAGAAUUAAUUCUGCUUUUCUAAGUUAUCUGAUUCAUCUCAAUAAAUUCAUUGUUAAGCUCAGCUUAGGUUACUCAGUGUUUACUUAGUCCCUGUGAACUGGGGCAGAUCCAGAAGGUGACUAUGGCUGGCCUUGAAACCUGAGCUGGCACCCCAAAAUCUAAAGCUAUGUUUCACUGUUUUCCACGUCAGAGGUGGUACUUGUGUAAAAAAAACAACUUAGUAUGACAGUGGGAAUGCUUCUUCUUUCACAAUCCUUAAGAAUUUGGCUUGUGAGGUUUAGAUUUCAUCAUUCAACAGGUUUGCUUUUAAAUCCAAGUUCAGGAUAGUCAUCAUCAGAAAACUUGAACGCCAGAAGUGUGAGAAAGUUUGGCCCCACACUCACAAAGUCUGAGUCUGUCCCUGUCUUUGUGCCAGGAAACUUUUCCAUUAAGUGUUUCAUAAAAUUCCUGUUAGUGAAAGGAGGCAAAGGUAAAACAUAGUGAGUGUUUCAGGUCAUUCCUGUGUGAAUAAUAUCCAAGAAAUAGUAUUUACUAUGAGUCCAUGCACAUUUGGAGAGAAAUGGGCAUUAAAUCUGCUCUGACUCUGGACAUAAAAGCCAAAAAUACAUUAUACAUACUCUUGCACGUUUUCUUCAUUCAAAUAGGAGUACUGCUAUACAACUGAUCGAUUCAAUAAAACAACUACUAUUCAAUCUGCUGGUGACAGAGACAACAGGAACAUAUGAAGCUCUACUAUGUAAGGCCUGCUGCGGUCAAAUUGAGAUAGAUGCAAAUGACAACUGGGCUUCCCUAAAUGUGGUGCGACGUGUGAAAUCCUAAUCUGGGCAGCACAGAGGCUACAUACUUGCAAUACUGAUGCCAAGAAACAGAUUGUUUUAGGUCAGGUGUCUGACAGACGCCUCAGCAGCUGACAGGGAUACAACUGUGUCCCUACAUGACUCUGUUCAUUCCACCUUCAAGUGGGAGAUUGUGCCUCUCUUAAUAUUAAACUAUUUGGACUGUGACAUUUAAAAAAUGAUAGGGCAAAUAUCUUUUGAUAUUUUAUGAGCGCAGAAACUUUUGUUACAGUCAUUUGAUUGUAACAAACUUUCUCUAAAUGGAAUUACAGGAUAGAUCUAAUGGGAGAGUCAAAUGUUGGGAUGUGUAUUAGUGGGCAUGAAAGAGGGAAUUGUCACUAUUUUACCUGUUCCAGAAGGAAUUAAAGACAAAAAACAGAAUUAUAAUAAAACAUUUUCAGUUCAGUAUUUUGUGAAAUCACCGCCCGGUCAAAAGUAUUAAACAUGAGAAACAUAAAUGGGACUUUGUAUCCAAGGCUAAGAUCAGGUCAAUGAGAUCUAGACAGUCCUGAAUGCCAACAGUUGACUGGUGGUGCAGCACAAUUGUCUGCACAAUUACAUCUGUCUCAUAUUAUGUAGAACUGCUGCUGUCAGUUUUAACCACGUUAGCAAAAAGCCUCUCACCAGUGUUCAUGGCGGGAGGGCUCAAGCUCGCACGCACACAGUGAUACAUGGUGGUUAAGUGUUUUUGUCAGACAGUCACGGCUCAUUGUUGUCAAUCUGUGACUUUUGGAGAGUUGGGCAGAUUUGGGAGUCAGUGCAGCAGGAAUUUUGUUUGGGGGAGGUGUAAGUUUUUGAUUUUCUUCAGUAAAAAAAACAAAAAUUCAACGUCAUACUCUGACAUUUAUUCACAGUAUGAUUGUUUGUACUCCUUUUUAUAUGACUUUUAAAUUUGUCAAUUUCUUACUUACCAAAUGUACAAACUACCAAGGGCGUCAGUUUGUUUCAAAAAGUGACUCUGGGAUGAUGACUAUAAUUGAUUUUACUUUUGGUAUGGCUACUUUAUAAUGCGUAGACUUAUUUCAUGUAACCAACUAACGCCCCCUUGCAUGUAGUUAUUACACGGGAUAAUCAUGGAGUUAAACAAGCAAACAAGUUUUCUAACUCACCACAGGUAUUAUCAGAAGAAAAAUCACGCUCUGAGUCGCAGCUUCAACUCGGCACAGACGCAAAUUUACAACAGCUGCACGUUUCUGUUAUCCUCGCGGAGGUCUGCUGCGUCUCGUAGCAACUCUCGGAUGAAUACAGAUGGCGCGUUCGAGAGCGUCAGAAUUUUCUAUACUACUGAAAAUAACUAGGGUUACAAUGGCUUGUGUGAAGGAUUUGUGUGUGGUGGAGACCCCUGAAAAAAAGUGGAGGGGACACAUCCCCCCCAAACUUACGCCUCUGCAAACUAAAACUCCACAUGAAAAGUAAACGGCGACCGAACUUAACCAAGCUCUCAGAUUUUUCAGUUUUGGUGUCACCUGUGGACGAAUUUAGUAUUUUAGCUAAUCUUGCUCUGGUUUGACUUGUUUUUCUGGACCAUAAAAGGGCAUCCCUAGUUAUUUUUGUCUGUUUCAAAAGCGAUUACAAAACUUCAUACAGGAGCUUUAAGUUGCUGAAAUGUAUAAAUUGUAAAAACAGUUUUUCAGAGCUUUUUGCAGCCUCUUGUGGCUCAAACAUCACAUUAAACAUAACCUUUAGCUGCAGAGGCUGCAAGGAAAAGUUGAUACUUUAUCAUAAUCCAUAUGAGUUAUCAAAUCUUCUUUAGCCUUCUGUAGCAGCACAAGUUGUGCCAUGUUCCUUUGUCUGCCCUGAAGCACAUCUACAGCGUCGGCUCCAUGUAUUCUGGGUUUAAUGGUUGAGUGUUUUACAGGCGAUCACUCAUCUUGUGUGCGUGCCUCUCCUGAGUAAGAUGAUUUGCACUUCCCUGUCUGUAGUUCCGUAGAGUUUGGUAGUUUUGAGUGAACUCUCAGUGUCGGCCAUUUGCAUGCAAGGCUGGUUUCACUGCAGAGGAGAGGAGAGGCCAGACGCUCUGAUUGGUGCAGGAGUUGCUAGACAACAGAUGUCCAGCCAGCUGGGAGGUGGAGGACUACCUGUGGAGGAGGAAGAGAGGAGAUGGAGAGAUAAUAAAAGAAAAGUGGAGGUGGAGAGAGGCAGUGUGGCGGACAUAUGACAGACAUUUACCGAGUACAGUACAGUGACAUUACAGUGACAUGCUCCACAGUAACAAACAAACAUUUCCGCUGUUUGCAUCUCAUUCAAAGAAGUUUUGCAGUUGCUUCAAAGAAAGCCAGUGUUUUCUGCUACUUUUUUUAUUGCUUUUACUCACAAAACAAACAAAGUGUUCACUGGAUUUUGGUUUACAAAUACUCUGCAAAAGAUAAGAGCAGUAAGCUGGAGGCAAAACUGCAGAUUUUAUUGAACUGUUCAAAUUGAAAUCAUGUUUUCUAAAAUUUUUGAAGUACCUGCUGUAUGUUAUUCAAGCAGAAAUUGGUAGAUGACAGUGAUGUUUAUUAUGAGUGUUACUUUAAACUGAGAGAAAGCUGCAUUCUGCUUUUGUAUGUCUUGAGUUCAGCCCACAGUCAGUGCUGUCACUUCCCCACAGUUUCCCUUUUUUUUCUUUUUUUUGUAAAAGUUUAAUAGCUUUGUCUUUGAGCACCUCCAACUUACCGAGAGUGUGGGCCGCAAAUCUCUGUUUUCACAAGAGCACUAAAGUCAGUUCCUGCUAUAUUUGAAUGCACACGGAUGCUCCGUCCUGCACAUAGAUAAUUUUCACACUUUCACUUUGCCAAAACACUCUGUGAAAGAACAAAAAUCGUCUUGUAGGUGUGGACAAAUGCUUGUGUGUGUGUGGGCUGUUUGAAGAUUUUGGGAUCCGUAGGUGAAAGACUCAGGGCUAAAAAUGUGGACCACUUCAAGUGUGAAGAAAUCAGAACACUUUUGGGCACUUGGCCAGGUUUUUAUGCUGUCUCUAUGAAUUACAAAGUAGGGCUUGUAUUGGAGUAGGAGCUGAAGUUUGACGUGAAAAACAGUUACAUAUAAUUCAUACAAAUGUGCUUUUUUAAUAAUGUGUUCAAAGAGGAAGUGGAAUAAAGAUGAUUUAUAUGCUUAAUCUUGGCUCUUAAAUUAGCCAUUAAAUUAGUAAUUUCUUAUUCUAUUGUUGGUCAAUGCAGUAGACUCGCUACACAAAAAGAUUGAUGUUCGACCAAAACGUGAAUCAUACCAUAAAUAUAGUAUGGGGACUGAUAAAACCUGGGGAUUUGUCAAUGAAAAAGAUUCAUUUAUCCAAAGAAAGAAAGAGAGGCACAGUUUGAAUGUGAGACAGAGAGAAAGCCAGUGAGAUUAUGAGUCAUUCAGUAACAUGGUCAGAUGGAGGCAGAGAUGGACAGAUUAGUGACCUUGCUCAGAGGGUUCUGCUAAUCAUAAAAUAAUAGCUGUGUUGCCCUUGUUCCUGGCUCUGCCUGUCAGGAUGCCUCUUUGCUAUUUUGCUCUUCUCUUAAGCUGGCAGUCUACUUCAAACUGAAUUGAAUUUGGCGUGUCCUCACAGGCAGUAUGGAGGCGACAGCGACCACAGUGAAGAACAGCGCUAGGGUCUGUUCAUUGAAGGCUUUGUUUGCAGGCCUCUUGUCUCUUUCUUGUGGUCCUCUUCACGGGUGAUUAACUGGGAUCCACCUUUGACUAAAGUGGGAAUUUUUCCACUUAAUUUCCUACUUAUUAGCACAUUUUAGUAUUUCUUGUAGAUUGAUGAUUGAUCAUUUAUUUCAAUGUUUUAAGCUAAUACAGAGAGACAAAGUGUCAUGAUUGACAAACAUUUAAUGAAUAAGAAUGAUUUUGUGGUUUUAAUUGCUGUCUCAAUUUGAUGGAUUUUAAUUUAUUGGAAGAAAAUCGAGAAUUAUUAUUCUUUUUAAAAAUUUCCUCUCGCUUUUGAAGAUCAUCAAACUGACUGGCACACAUCGCUGCAACUAUCAUUUACUUUCCAAGGCAUGUUAAAAAAUCCGAAUCUUCCUCUCUGUAUUUUUAGCUCUAACUGUUCUGCAGCCACAGCUCGUCCUGUAUUUGUUUUGCAUGUCACUGUUGGGACUUUAUUCUGGCUUCAUCUCUUUCACUUUGCCUAUUACACUCCGUUUUCCUCCGCUGCAGACGAACGCUGUUUCAGUCACGGCGAACAUACUGUGCUGUUAUUCUUUUUUCAACCAGCAUUUGAGAACAUGCCAAGUUCCAUUUUGUUUCAAGUACAUGGCAGCAAGAAGUUUGUCUUUGUGUGUGUGCGUGUGUGUGUGCGCGCUUGUGGCCUCCUAUAGAUGCACUACACCAACACACACCAACAGAUGCCUGUACCUAUAAUGGGAACAAGCUGCUUGGUGUUCUUGCCUUCAAGUCCACAGUUUCAAAAGCAUCAAGAAAAGCAGAGGAGGGAGCCAUGGAUGAGAGUGAAAAAUAGGCGUCCUAUUUUAAAAAAAAUUAGAGCCCGCUGCUCUUCUUUCUCUUCUUCACUUUCUCCCUCUUCCUUUUGCUCUCGGGCUCUGUGUUUUGAGGCAAAGCUGAAAUGGGUCACCUCAACACCACUCUGCAUCCCUCAUUACAAUGACUGCUGCUCUGACUCAGUAUUACUAAAUCAGAGUCCCUGGACUUCGUUUCCUCCUGUCAGGGAGCUUUGAGAUUCAUGUCUUGUUACACAAAGUCUGAUUGUGCCGGCCUGGACUCAUAAAAGAGGAACAUGAUUCUCUUUGAGGGAUGUUACGUGACUAGCCUGUCUGUUGUUUAGGGAGUACAGUAACACCAAAGUCAUACAGUCUGUCUCCAUAUAAGGACAAGUGUGUGUGUGUGUGUGUGUGUGUGUGCGUGUGUGUGUGUGUGUGUGUGUGUGUUUGGAGAUUAAAGUUGACAUAUAAGACAUUUUAGUGUGUUAUACCGAGGGUUGCAAAAUUCCAGGAAUUUUCAAAGUUGGAAACUUUUUAUGGGAAUUAACGGGAAUAUAUAAGAAUCAACGGGAAUAAAUCUGAAAUUUACAAAACUGAAGGUUGGCCCUCAUCAAGGAACUUAAACUAGAGUUAGGGAAAAUAUAUUGUAGCAAAAUCUUGGCUAAAACAACCAGAUUUAAUGUAAGUAAACUGAUCAAUCACAUGCACACAGCACACUGCUUACUGCAGGGCUAUUGAGGCCACACCCCCUACAUGCACUCUGCAUUCCUCCAUCACAUGCAAAGAUGAUUUCUUGAACCCUGGAGGCCACACUUUUGAGCCCAGAGCACAAGACAUUUAAACCCAUUGACGAUAGAAAAUCAAGUAUAAAGAAUGUAUGAAAGGGGCUCCUUUCAUUGAACAUUUUUUCAUGUUUUUGGUGUUCAAUUAAAUAAUUGAUUGUUCAUACAAGAAUUAAAAGUAAAGUUCUACUCAAAUAAAUCUGUUGAAAUAUCAUGUUUUUUAAAUUGUAUUAUCUAGCAUGGGUAUCUGUCUAUGACAAAACAAAAAUACAUGCAUUUAUGUUUGGACCUGAUACAGUUUGUUUAAAUUACCCCCAGUUUCCAGUUAAUUCCCAUAAUUCCCACAUUCCCAUGGAAAGUUUCCAAUUUUGGAAUAUUUCCAAAAUUCCUCAGCUUUACUUCCCAUGGAGAGUUUCUGGAAAUGUUCCACCCCUUUGCAAUCCUAGUGAUACCUUAUUCUUUUGGUUUUGUAAUGCACACCUUUUCUGUUUCGGUUUUCAGUUUAACACCAGACCACCCACUGCUAAACAUAGUUUAGCAUUUAGCUGCUAAAUAGACUGUUUACUCUCUUAGAGUUAAGUAGCAGCAGUGGUUCAGUGGGAGAAAAUAUUGGACUUAUAUUAACAGAGGGGUCGUGUACACACCAAGCCAACCAACCCAUCAUAUUUAUGAAUAUGUGAAAUUGGCAUUAUAUGGCGUUUUGACUCUGCUGUAAGAGGCCAAAAAUUAGGUGUGCACAAUUGGUGUGUACCUGUUGAGGUACUUCAUUACAUGGUAAAUGCAUUAAUCUAGUGUCACAAUUACAACACUUCAUAUAAAACUGCAGUGAGCUGAAUCUUUAUAAUGACACUGUUUUGAACUGUAUGUAACUGUAAGUAAGGGGCCUGUUAAUGGCACCAUGUUAAUGUUGUAUUGAUGUUAUUCAUUUGAAAGGUUGGUUUAAAAAAUGUGGUCUUAUGUCUUUAUUUAGCCUACAUAACAUGUACAGUACAUAUUGUACGUGUAAACUUGCACAUACAUGUAUGCUGUAUAGUGGUUACAGCGGAUCACGCUCAGCUCUUAUCUAAUUGUAUAAAUUUGACUAUCUGCUGAGAGUAGACAUAGAAAACAAGUGAAGGAUAAUAGAUGCGGAACACGUGGUUUGUAGAUUAGAAUCCAGACAAGGCUCCAGGACCCUCACACGAAGCUGAGAAGACCUCUUGUCUCACUCUGAAAGGAUCGUGGGCCACCAGCUGAGGUCGUAAACCCGCUGACACAAACUGACCUGUCUCUUCAUUUUGAUAAAAAUUAAGUUCCUCCUUCAAAAAAAUGAACUUAUAUUACUAAAUUUUUUGUAGAUUUGUAACUAAGAGCAACAAAUGCAUCCACAAGCUCUGCUGCAGUUAUGACAGGGUUUUAACCAAUCAGAAUCAAGUAUUUAACACAAGUAAGUGGUAAGAAAGCAGGGUAAAAAUGAGAAGGAAAAUUUAAUCUUAACCUGGCAUUAAGGGAUUAAAUCAAAGGCAGUGUAAUGAUAUUUAAUGUGAUCUUUCUCCGUGCUAUAUUGUUUUGAUCUCGGGUCAGAGAAGAAACCGGCAAGCACGUUACAGCAGCUCAUAUUUAGUCUGACACCUGAAGUCAACAUGGAUCCACUGUAGCUGCGCACUCUGUUUAUUGUUCACUGCUGCCUGCCUGCCUGUGUGUGUGUGUCACAUAACCAAGCCCAUUUCAGGUCACAUUAUUUUUGUUGAGCAAUUCAGAUCUGAUUAGGAAAGGAGUGGGGUUGACUCAAAGAAAACACACACAGAGAACUCUGAACGUGAAUGUGUGGAUGUUAAGCUCAUAAAUAUGCUCUGACUCUGUCAAAGAUUACACUGUGUCCUCCACUCAAUGAAAACAAACUUGCCACCUUCAUUUUCGCUAAUUUAAAAAGCCAGAAAUUUUGAGCAAUGGUGUAGUGGAUUUAAAUAACUUAUCUCUGUUUCUCCCUGUUUUGUGUCUCCUCUGUUUUUCUUUUAGAUCAUCAAAAGCUGGAGAGAGAGGCCCGCAUUUGUCGUUUACUGAAACACCCCAACAUUGGUGAGCUACCAGUACUCCAUCUAAAAAAGCAAGCACACAGGGAAACAUGCAGAUAACAAGAAAGCACACAUAUUUUGCUCAGGUCUCUGGUGAAUCCUGCCAUGGCAAUUUAUCUUCUAGACACACUGGGGGGGAGAGAGGGAGAGAAUCUGUCUGUGUGUAUGCAAGUGCAUGCAUUUGUGUGUGUGUAUGUGUGCGUUUGAACACAGCCAUCUAAUGAUGAUGCAUCUGUGCGCUCUCAUAGCCGAGUCAUCAGAAAGACACAAAUUCCAUACACCCUUUCUGUAAACCACUGACCCUUUACACUCUCUCUCCUCCUCAUUAUACCUCCUGACUCUCUUCUUUUGUUCUUUUCACACUUGUCUGCUCACGCUCUGUCCUUCAUUCCCCGUCUUUAACUCAGAUCUCCUGAGCCAGUUCUUGCUUUAGGUACCCGACAGUUUUCCCAAGAUAUAUCUGUUAAUUGCAUCCCCAUCAUCACACUAAAUGGAGGAAGAAUACAUUACAAUUUCAUUUCAAAUGCAAAUUCUUUUUGCUCCUUUAUCCACACCAGAGAUUCACACAGCUCCUGCUCACAUUACUCUUGUAUUUCUGGCAUGCCCGACACCUUAGUACCUAUCUCUGAAGUACAGACAAAAAGUAAACAAUGAGUGUCUGGCUUUUUUUUGUGUUUGUGUGUGUGUUUAUGUAAUGACUGCUCUCUUUUCAUUUGGCCUUUUCUUCUGUCUGUGGUUCUUUCCCGUCCUCCUGUGUUUCUGUUUAAUCUCCUCAACAGUACGGCUCCAUGACAGCAUAUCAGAGGAAGGUUUCCACUAUCUGGUGUUUGAUCUGUGAGUAACAGCCUGUCAUGUACACAGUGUCUACAGUCUUCGCUCUUAUUGGUUUGCUUUCCUUUCAAAAAUUCAUCCCUAAUGUUUGUUUUCUCAGUUCUAAGUGGCUACAAGAUUGCAUGAACCAGAGGUUUACUUAUCGUCUCUGAUAAUUAAAACUUAAUAUGAUCCAAAUUGAGGCUCUAUGGGUAAUAAAUGUAGCUACGCCACCCGCUGUUUUAAGGACUGUGGUUUUGAAGGCCCAUCUUUGAUUUUUAGCCGUGGAUCUGUUUGUGUUUUCACCCUGAAGUGGCGAACAGAAAUGACCAAAUCCUAACUUUGUGCCUAGCUAAUCCAUUGGCUACCAUAUUAACUGGUAAUCCAGGGUUUCCCAUAGAAAGUGAGCGUGUUUGUGGCGGUAGCAGCUGUUUCUUCAUUAAGAGGAGCAUACUUGUGGCUCACUUUCCCAAAUCUCCAUCAGGAGAAAUAGCUGCAAGGGGAAGGAAAGAAACCAAGUAACUACAAAUUGGUUCCCUCAUCCAUCAAAUCAGCCACCGUCUUUCCCACAGGGGUAACAGCUGACAUCCAUCCUGACUACUAUGCACUGGCUGUCACAGAUAAAUCAAUACAAGACAAUACACAAGCUAACAAACCAGGUACAGUUAGAGAGGACAACACUAUCUGCUAACCGGUGUUAACACAAGAUGAUGUAAUACUGGAUUUCCACUCGUCAAAAACGCAGAGGUCUUGGAUUGUCAGUUAGUGUAAAAGGAUAUAGUGAACCAAGUAUUUUUGUUUUCAAUUCAAACAGGUUAAAUUCAGUGAUUGAAUUAGCUGUGGUGACACCUAGCAGACAGCUAGCAGCAACGAUCAGCCAGAUAUGAUCUUAUACGUAACAUUGAUAACAUUUACAGUAAGUUAUAGCUGCUGAAAAUGUCACCAAAAACUGACAAAAAAAGAUUUUUUUUGGACUUAAAUUCACUAUCGGAUGUGUGUGAGGAUAUCUGUGAAUAAAUGAGGCCUGUGUGAAUGAUAGAGGAGGUCAGAAAAUCCAUAAAGGAGGGUUUUACAGCAGCUAAGAUGAAGAAAAGAGUGUAUUUUCCCACUCUAUAGGGUGACAGGAGGGGAGCUGUUUGAGGACAUCGUAGCCAGGGAGUACUACAGUGAGGCCGAUGCAAGGUAACAUACACACACAUACACACACACACACACACACACACACGCGCAGCAAUGCUGAGUACAGCAGCUAUUAUAUUGUCUUUCACAUAUGGUCGUCCCAGAAGGUGUGAUGCAGCUGCCUUGUCUCUGAGGCAUCUCUGCAGUUAUUUAUAAAGGUGAUUAACGACAUAUAGCCUGCAGUAUUAAUCAUACGCAGCCUACCUUACACUGCCAGCUUUAUGUGGGAGUACUGCUUCCCCAGAGAGAAGGAGUCAGGCAGAGACGUGUGCAUUUUGGUGCUGUUUAGACACUGUGUAGCUCUGGUGUAUCUGCGAAGUGUAACACAUUAAAUCUUGUGAGUUAUGAUAUAUCUUCAUGUGACUUAAUGUCAUCUAUAAAGACAACAGCACCACAUGUAGGAAGUCUAAUCAGUGAGACACAUGAUACCUGUUAUGAGAUUGCUUCAUCUUCUCUCCCUCUUACUUAAUUACCUCUGUCUCUCCUUCUCCUCCUGUCUUUUUUCCCUCCCUUUUUUUGUCCUUGCUUUUCUCUCUCCCUCCAUUUCUCCCGUCACAAUUAUGACUCUCCUUCUCUCAGCCACUGCAUACAGCAGAUCCUCGAGAGUGUCCAUCACUGCCAUGUUAACGGGAUUGUUCACAGGGAUCUGAAGGUUUGUAAGACCGCAGCUGCAGCCGUGCCCAAUCCUGACUCUGUACUACAGAUGUGAACGUUUUGGGAAGACCCUGUCCCCUCCGUUUUCCCCAACAUUUUAUUCCACUGUCUGUUUGUUGUAAGAGCUUGAAUCUUCUUGUGUGAGAGGAAACGUUUCGUCUUAUGGAGUUUGUCAUAUCGUACCGUUCUGCUUGAGGACAGUAAAGCUUUGGCUGCUUAACAAAGUCUGAACAUCAGCAAUGAAACUGGCUGCAGUCCUGGUGUGCAAACUUGCUCUUUUAACAAACCUUAAUAAUAAACAGUUUCCACCAAUUUCAAAAUAAAGGUAACCCCUUAAAUAAUGUGCACAUACUUAUCCCCAAUCAAUCAAUCAAUCAAUCAAUCAAUCAAUCAAUCAAUCAAUCAAUCAAUCAAUCAAUCAAUCAAUCAAUCAAUCAAUCAAUCAAUCAAUCAAUCAAUCAACCAAAUCAAUUAAUCAAUCAACCAAAUCAAUUAAACUUUACUUUGAAAGCACUUUUCAUACAUGGAAUGUAGCACAAAAUGAUGUCCAUUCGCGCAGGAUAUUAAAAAAAUUAUGAAGUCAAAUAAAUACAAAUACAAAAUACCAAACCCCACCCACCCUCCCAACCCCCAUUCAACACAUAGAGGACUCACACGCUCACACACACACACAGAUGCACACUCAGAAGAUCAGAUGAGGACUCUAAUAAAAUAAAAUAAAAACUAACUAAAUAAAACAGUCUUAAAAUCAAACAAUAAAAGAAAGUAAAUCAAAAAGGAGGUAAUAAAACACAAAAUAGUUACUCUAGGACGAAAAUAGCAUAAAAUCACAUGAUGCAGAUUAAAAGAUUAAAACAAAAUUCAACUAAAAGCCAGACUAAAACGGUAGGUCUUGAGUUUACUUUUAAAAAUAGGAACAUUAGGUGUCGCUCUCAGGUCGGCAGGUAGGCUGUGAAUGUGAGUAUGCGUUGAUAUGCAGCCACAUGAUGACAGGAAUGGGGAUAAUGAUAAGCCAGAACCUCAGGAAUGAUCUCCAUUAACACAGUUAUGUACAAAAAAUGUUAAGAUGUGAAAGAUUUUCAAAAUUCAAGUUGUAUGCAUUUUUUCACAACCUCCAAAGUACCGUUUUUCUGUAGUUUAAAGAGGAAGAAAAUAAAAGAAAGCUCGCUUCAUAUGCGGUUAAGAACAUAUAACUUUACUACAAGAGAUGUAGAAGGAAAAAGUCCGAGUAAUUUCAAUGACUUUCGAGUUUACAAGUCUGUCACCUCCUCAAGGGGGAUGUCCUCUCUGCUGAAGCGCUUUUAAGUUUUUUUAUCCUAACUAACCAGGAGGAUUUAUUCAAAAUUAUGUCAACGAGGACAUGGAUGUGUCGAGUUGUCAGUUUGUGUCCUGUUGAGUCAUACGUCUGCCAUAAACUGGCUGCUCACAGGCUGCCUGUGUUUCUAAAUGUUAGGGAAUGUAUAAUUCAUUAGAGCACACUGUCUAACUGGCCUUAGGUUAGCGAAGACCUUUCUGCACCUGUGUCCAUAAUGUCUGUGUGUGUGACUGUUUGAGAGCGUGUAUGUUGUGAGUGUGCACAAGAGCUUGCUGGGGGCUUGCAUAUAUUUACGAUUGUGCUAAACUGUGUUAGUGUGGUGGUGUGUGUCUCCCAUUACCCUUGUGUGGCUGAGUCACUUGUUUUACACCCACGCUUCCUGUGACACCACACUUUCCUCUUGUAUUCUUAUCACUGCUGUGUGGACUUUGGUCCCACUCAUGGAUUUUAGCAGUGGAUUGGUCUUUUGUCUUUUGCGACCAAUUUCCUCUCUCAGAAUCCAUGAGACUGUGGGAGCAAGUCCUCAUCUCCAGAGUGGGAAAUGUCUGUUGUCACCCAGAGAAUUGGUCCACAGCUAUGUUUCUCUGUCAUGAUUUGUGGCAGAAGGGAGUUACCUCAGACACGGAUUUGAGAUCAGCUUAGCAUUGUGACCCCUAAUAGUUCAUAUUAGGAUUUGGUUCGGUUAAUCUGAUCUUAGAUCUGUGUCUGUGGGUGGCCUGUUCCCAGAGCGUGUGACCUCUCACCUCUAACCUGUUUGACUCCGCCCCCCCCAGCCUGAGAACCUUCUAUUGGCCAGUAAGCUGAAGGGGGCGGCGGUCAAGUUGGCUGACUUUGGGCUUGCUAUCGAGGUGCAGGGGGACCAGCAGGCAUGGUUUGGUGAGUAAUCAUUCAUCCAUUUUUCCAAGUUGGUCAAUCAAGAAACCAACCAAUCAGUCGAUCAAUCAGUCUCAGUCAACAAAACAGCCUUUUCACUGAACUGCCCAAUCCCGCCUACCACUCCCUUCAUAUUACUCCUCCAGGUUUUGCUGGCACUCCAGGUUACUUGUCGCCAGAAGUUUUGCGGAAAGACCCGUAUGGGAAACCAGUGGACAUGUGGGCUUGUGGUAAAUAGCAUUCAGAUUCUGUCACUGCAACUGGUUGAAAGAUCUAUUAUCUGAAAUUAUCUGUGAUUAAUUUGUUUUUUUGAACAUCCCUUUGGUAUGAAUAAUAGGCUUGUAAAUACUUGUAAGUACAGUCAUAGAUGUCCCUCUUUGGUGGAGGAUUAUGCACAGGGAGCAGGUUUAUAGACAGGGUUGGUACCCUGGUAGGGUGAGUAGGACCCUUAUUGCAAAGCAGUGGGUCUCCUCUCACCCUGACGGGGUUCCUUGCAGAUUUCUUUGUAUCACUCAACACUACAGCUAAAGCUCCAGUAUAUGUCUGACCUGGUCAGAUGUGCAAAGCAGGGUGUUCUGCACCUACAAAACAAGUAAAUUGAUAUGUUCAGGUAAUAAUAGAUGGGUUCUUCUAUCAGUGAUAUCGGCUCAUAUGCUUUAUUAAGCAUGUUUCUUCCCUCUAGGUGUGAUUUUAUACAUCCUGCUGGUGGGCUACCCUCCCUUCUGGGAUGAGGACCAGCACCGCCUUUACCAACAAAUCAAGGCUGGUGCCUAUGAUGUAAGUAUUCGCAAACAUACAGUUUAAUCAAAAAAAACAAAAAACAAAAAAACAAACAGCUGAAGCAACAGAAAAUGAAGGUGUUAUAUAUUUGAAUACUGGGAUUUUGCCAAAAACGGUCUUAUCCAAAAUACAGAUGAAGCUUAAAAAUUUGGAUAUUGCUUUAAUUUUAGAUGAAACGAAGUGGAGUUUUUUUUGUUUGCAGCUUUGCUAAGACAAUUGCUGUCUUAAUGACUAUUCUGUCAGCCAUGCGUAUUAACUCUGAGAUAUCAAUGUGAGAUAAACGCGUGUUUCAAUGUAAACAUGCAAUGACAGAUGCAUUUUUCUCUCCCCUCCUUUCCUUGAUUUUGACUAAAUUGUCAACUUUAUUGGAUUUUGGCUGUGUAACAAGUGUUGUCACCGUCUUGUCUUUCCGACAGUUCCCGUCCCCAGAGUGGGACACUGUUACUCCUGAGGCCAAAGAUCUGAUCAACAAGAUGCUGACCAUCAACCCCAGUAAACGCAUCACUGCCGCAGAGGCCCUCAAACACCCCUGGAUCUGCGUAUGUGGCAUAAAUACAUGAACAGAUGUGCCAAACCUACACCAUUCGCACAUUCUUCUCAGCCAUUGUUUCCAUCUUCUCCUAAUCCUCAAAUACUCUCAUUUUCCGCCUGCAGCAACGGUCCACUGUAGCUUCCAUGAUGCACAGGCAGGAGACUGUGGAGUGCCUGAAGAAAUUCAACGCCAGGAGGAAACUCAAGGUGAGGCAUCUUGCAAUCCAUCAUGUUUCUAUUUAUGAAGAAAAAUCCAUCCGGCCAUCUCUCUCUCUCUCUCUCUCUCUCCUCCCCCUUCACUCUCUCACUCGAGACAACGCGGUAACAUAAAAAAAUGAUGGCCUGUGGUCGUAAAACCUUCAAGUUGCCCUUUUGCUGUGCUCCUCUUUCUAGCUGUAACUUUAUGAUCAAUUUUCCUAUAUCUGUCUCUUGCUCCUUUUUGUCAUCAUUGCCUCUUCCUUUCACUCUUUUCUAUCACUGCAGGGAGCCAUACUGACCACUUUGCUGGUCACAAGAAACUUCUCAGGUAUGUCUCUCUCAGCCCGGUGUCCAAAACCUGGUCUCCAAAACCAAAAACAUGUCUUUUUGAAACAGGAGGCCGGAAAUAUGUCUUGACCUCUACUUGUAAAAACUGUUUGGAAGGGUGCGUCUAGACUAAAUUAUCUUAUAAUAAGGAACAGAUAAGAGGCAUUGCAUUAUGGGUGAAUACUUUUGAUUGGCUCUGCUCUCACUCUACAUCUGAAAAUGUCCUCGUGAAAAGGUGUUAGUGCAAAAACCAUAUCUGUGUAUCUUGCUAGCUCUUACUUCUGCACUCUAUCUCUCUUUUGUGCCCUAUCAUACAUUUUUGCAUGCUUUUCCUUUGAACUUCCUCUAUUUUCUCAAAUUUUUCCGGCCAGCUUUCUUUCUUCAUUCUGCAGUGAAAGAUUUGUGUCUCUUUUUAUUCAUCAUUUUCUUCCUUUUUUUUCACUUUUCUUUCCUUCUUUUGUUUGGAUUGUGGUUUCCAUCUGAGGUAAGAUAUUUGGAAUGACAGAGAAAUAUGCAGGGUUUGGCACAACUAAAAAGUGGUGAUGUCUAGACUUUACCCAGUUGACUGAGAUUUAAUCACACAUGCAUGAAGAUGAGGUGUAUGGUAUUCUUGAGAACGACACGGAGCCUUGUGCUUGCAAAAGUUCCAAUUUGAGUUCAGAAACUGGACUGUGAUGCCGCAUGAAAUUUUAAAAGUAAUGAAGUCUUUGAAUUCCUUUAAUCAGAUGAGAAAUAAAAUAAGAAAAGGAUAGCGAGAUUUAAUGUAUGCAUAGUGGUUAAGUGCAUGUGUGCAGAUCCUUGGUGUGUUUAUUGGAGAUGGGUACAUUAUCUUUUUCAUUUUGUAUAUAAAGGCGUAAAAUUUAUUUGGGGUCAAACACAUCGUAACACCCAGUUAGAGACUCCCUAGAGAGAUGAAUGUUGCCGACCGCUUGCUUCUCGAGUUUUACCAACCUUAGUAACGACCGCACGAUAGCAAUACACAGCGGUCUGAGGAGCCAAAAACAAACCUCAACCAAAACGCCACUCUAUAGACACAAAUAAUGCUCAGAACAGCACCUAACUUCAUCAACAGGACAUAUAGGGUCACAGACAUAGUACUAGACACCAAACAUCUUUUAACUUUGACUAAUUUAUGAUCAUGAUUUAUGAUCAUGAAUGUUCUUCCUUGAGCUGCGUCACCCCACAGCAGUCUGUAAUGGACUGGCCUGAGGUCUCGCUACAAACAAGCAGCUGCUGGAAGAGAGUAGGUGAGUUGUGUUUAGUCUUUUUGCUAAAGAAAUCAGGCAAGGUUAAAAAGAUGUUUGGUGUCUAGUACUAUGUCUGUGACCCUAUAUGAACUGUUGAUGAAGUUAGGUGCUGUUCUGAGCGUUAUUUGUGUCUAUAGAGUGGCGUUUUGGUUGAGGUUUGUUUAAGGCUCCUCAGACUGCUGUGUAUUGCUAUCGCGUGGUCGUUACUAAAGUUGGUAUAACUAGAGAAGCAAGCAGUCGGCAACAUUCAUCUCUCUAGGGGGUGUCUAACUCGGUGUUACAGUGUGUUUGACCCUAAAUUAAUUUUAUGCCAGAAUAUCCCUUUUAAUACACGUGUACUUAAUCAACUACCACGGCUUCUGCUGGGUAGUUGAUUGGGUAGCCCUUCACAUGUGAAUAUUGCAUCGUAGGAGAACAACCUUUCAUAAAUAACAGUCCCUUCUUAGAGCAUCACUUGCAUUGCAUUAAAGAUCUUGCAGUUGGAUUUUGCACCUGGAGUUUAAAGAUAAGGAGAGUUGACUGAUAUGCUUCCUGCAUGUUAGUGUAUCCUCAGGCUCACUCCCUGUUUAUCACUUUUCCUGCUGAACGCCUUUUUUUUUUUCUGUCUCCCCCCUGCAGCAGCCAAGAGUUUGCUCAACAAGAAGCAAGAUGGCGUUAAGGUCAGUUACUUUUAAUGACCAAAAAAAAGGGAAGUUUUGUUACUUGCAUUUUGUCUGUUGGAACGUUCAGUGUCUGAGGAACCUUCUGGAUAGUUAUACCUGCAUUGUGCACAUAGUGACAUCAUCAUUCAGGGACAGUCACUCCAAGCAGUGGGUGAUGGUUGUCAGCUUAAUCUCAGGUGUUUUUUUUUUUCUUGUGACACAGCAGGUCACAUUGAAUAGUUUAGGAUUUUAUUUCAAGCUUAAUAAUCAUCUUGUUUCUAAUAAAUAUCACAGAGCCAGUUGUGCUCUCUCCUUGUUUUUUUUUUUUCUGGUGCGUGUGUGCGUUUGGGGGGUCCAGUCUGAAAUGAACACUUGAUGCAUGUGUGUGCAUGUUGGGAGUUCAGUGUGACUGACUAAUUCUGUGCGUGUUUUGUUGAAAUAAGUGAGCGUUGAUUUGAGAAUGGACCCCUACAUGUUUGAAUCAGUGUCACUGUGUCUGGGAAGGACUCAGGCUUACAAUACAAUAUGUCAGGCUGUGAGAUCUAUUCCAGGGAGUGUUUUCCUCAUUCAUGUGACCCCCCCAAAAAAAAAAAAAAAAAUUAAGAAUUUUUUGUGUGAUAAAUAAAUGUUGAGGAUGUAAUUGGUAAGCUGAGUACUGGAGAAACAAACUUUCCAAACCAUGUUAAAACCCUUAAAGGCAUGGUUGACAAUCUGAGAAGCAGUUGAAAAAAACUGAGCCGUUGAGGCAGAUUUGAAAACACACAAACCUCUCCCCUCUGUGCUCCACGAUAACUCCCCCCUGAACCUGUAUCGCCCUCCCCACGACACACACCGUCUGGCAGAGCAAGAAGCCGGCCAGCAAAAGAUCCUACGCUAGCUUCAAAUAGGAUCCACCAUGUUGGAUUGCUAGUGACUAGCAGCAGUAAACGCCAGCUCUGCUAGCGAGCACCGUCUGCAGCUGCCUGGAUAGCUACCGUGUUGACAUUGCAGAGACCAAUAAGAGUUAUUCAUGUAACAUGUACCACGAUAAAAGGCAAAAAUUACCUGUUCAACAAAAACUCUGCUGUCUCGGCGCUAUUUUCGCUGUUUUCAGGCCGAGACAGGAGCAGGAGAUUGACCAAUAGGAGCUGUCCAGGACGGACGGCUCCCAUUGGUCAAUGUUUUUGCAUCCCUGCACCUGCUAGGGUGAACGGAUUUUUUCUAUCCUUUUUUCUCUUCACUUUGUGUAGAUCCCACUAUAGGACCAUGAUCGCCAUAUAAACGAGGUUCAUAAUAAUUACUAAUCUCUCUAAUCGUCAACCAUGCCUUUAAAACUGGUUGCAUAGAAUUGUAUUUACUAUAUCUUACAGUAACAACUCAGUUGAAUGAUUGGGCAAGGGGCAAUCCAUGAGAGCUCAUAUUGAGUACAACAACACUGUAUCUUUUUCUCAACACUCCACUCAGGACUGAAAGUGGGCUGGUACACUUUGGUUCACAUUAACACCACUUUUAUAUUCAUCCUGAGUCGUAUGUGGACUUUUCAAGUACCUGAACUUCUCACCAGUACCCCGUCCUGUCCUCUCCAUUUUACUGUUUCUCUUAGGGAUUCAUAAAAGCCCCUUAAAUAUACUGUAUACUUGGCACACUUUGUGGAGCUCACAUAGAGCUCGCCUCCUUCCAUGAGUGUCAAGCAACGCUUAUUUGUUUACUUCUGCAGAUUAGUGUGGACAUACAAGUCUAUACAGUGUUGGAUGAAUGAGAGAAAGUAGUCCAAACAGUUACAAAGAAGUAUAUUUUCUCAGCUGUAGAAAUUCAGAACAUAAUCCUCGAGAAUGAGAGCAUGCCAGAAAUUAUUUUUGUCCACUUGAAACACAGACUCCUCCCCCAUUUAUAAGCUUCAGUUACUGCAGCCAAAGUGGGGAGUGCUGUUGUACUAAAUAUCAGCCUCCCCCAAAAGGACCCCCUAAACAGUAGUCCUGCUUGUGUGAUGAACCCAGAACUAUUUUUCACUGACCUCUUGUGCCCCUGCUUCCUUGUCUCUGUUAGCUAUCCUGCCUUAGCUUGCUUUAUAAAGUACUCAGUCUUAAUUAAGAUGUCUUGGUUGACACUGAUGCGACACUCAAUAAAACCAGAUCUCUGGACACAUCAGUGAGACGACCUCCUUGGAAUGGACUCUAGUCACUCAGAGAGUGUGUGUGUAUGUUUGUGUGUCUGAAGACAAGUGUGUAUGUGUAUCAUGUCCCCUCUACACUGCCCCCUGCAGGUCAACAACAAAGCCAACACAGUGACCAGUCCUAAAGACACUGGCCCUGCCCCUGCACUGGUAUACUCACACAGCCUCACCCACAGCCACACCGCCAUCCACAAAACCUCUCCACCUCCCCACCUCCCAGCCCACUGUGGAGGAGGUACAGGUUCUCCCUUUCACAGGGGGUCAGAUCAUUUCUGUCUUGAUUGAUAACUUUGAAGUCUCAACCAAGAGUGUUAGAAUGUAGUGAAUGUAACGGGGUUGAAAUAUAUGUCUACCUCAUUUUUAGGCUAUCCCUGAAUGAGAUAAUGCGUCAAGCUUUUUUGGGCUGUGCACCGUGUCCCAGCUGAAGCAUACUGUAGAGACUUAACCAUGACAACAAGCUAGUUAUAUUUCCAACAGAUGUGUUCAUUCAUUCAUUUGAAUUAGCAGAGCGUGCAUGGGGCAUACAGAGCUUGGCUCGCUUAGAUUUCAAGCUGAAGCAGUAAGCCUCCACACAUGUUUGAUCUGGGAUUUUUUUAAGAUAUUGUUUUAAAUCUGUUGUUAGGGGCAACCUCUACCUCAACCCCACCCUCACCUCCCCCAAACUUUCCUUUCCUUGCCCCCUUUUCCUCAGCAAGAAUCCCUCUUUUCUGUCUCCUCUUCACACAAUAUGUGCAUGUACUCCUCUUCCAUUACAAACUAGCAGCUUAAGUGCUUUUGGUUUUGUGCAGUGAAAGUAGAAUUCUUGACAGGAAAUGAAGAUGUGUUCUGCAGGGUUUGCUGCUCAUAAUAUGUCUGUGCAUGGCUGGAGUGAGAGGAUGUUGGCUCCUUAGGCCCAUUGAGAUGCAACCUUCCCGAGGGAUUUGGCUGUCACUCAUUGGCUUGUGCAUGUAGUCUGCUGACUGGCUGUCUUCAUCAGGCCACAUGACUGCUGCUGUGCAUGAUGUCAAAGGCUUUCUGUCCUCCCAUUUGCUGUUGAGAUGAUUAUGCAUGAACAUAGGCACAUGGCAUCUCCCUCACUCUCUCUUUCUUUCUCUCUCUGCCUCUCUCUCUCUCUCUCUAUCCUCCUCUCUGUCUCUCUCCAUCAUCAUGCUCAAACACCCACACAAACACACACUGAACACGUAGAUGCAAGCCGCUGAUGUGAUAAUCUAGUGUAAUCAGGGCGAGUGAUUAGAAAGACUGAGCUGGUCAUCAGGAUCAAUUCCACAAAAGCAGGGGUGUAAUUUCUGUAUCCGAUUCAUUGUUAUGGAGAAGUUAGUGUAUGUGUGCAUCGAGGACAGACAAUAGGAAAAUCAGAUAGACAGAUGGAUUUAAAGGUGGGCAAAUACAUAUUAAUUAAAGUGGAUGUCUUAAUUUUUAAAUAAACACACACAGACAUAUGUACACACACACAUCUACUUAGGCAAAUUCUGUACAUACCUUCAUACCAUUUCUAGCUUCUAGCCUUUGAUUAUUGCUCCCCACAAGCUCUUCUUUAUUUGUUCUCUUUAGGAACCACAGACAACCGUGAUCCACAACCCAGUAGAUGGAAACAAGGUACCACAACAACAAAAAACCACCUUUUAUUUAUUUAACUGUUGCAUUUGAUUUUGUAAAAGUAGUUUGUCCUUUUACCUUAGUUUUUUUUUUUUUUUUACCUCUUGCAAAAUCCCAAUUGAAAAGGAAAUCUCCCCAUCCUCCCUUCUUAACUGUUACAUAAUCUACUGUUGGUGUGUCAUAUUCAUCAGGACCUCGACUUAAGGGUUAAAGACUCGAUCCGUGUAAUCACAGCAUCCCUGGUUUAAGCCAAGUCUUGGACUUCAGUCACAUGACUUCUCUCCUCCUCUUCUGUUUGUUUUAUAUCCAUCGCACAGCAAGAAGAAUAAAGUUGUUUAAGAAAUAUAUCCACUGAAAUUAUAAUACAUUCAAAGUCUGUGACUGUCAUUCUCUGACAGGAGUCCAUUGAGAGUGCCAACACCACUAUAGAGGACGAGGAUGUGAAAGGUAGGGGAGCAUGUGUUUUUGUCUGAAGAGCUCUCCUGUGUCUCUGUGACAUUCCCACACUCAGCUUUUACAUGUUCUAAUCUUACUGAUAACUCCAUGAAUGUUUUAUUGUCUUCUAAACUCGCAACUCAUCAUGAAAAAUGCAGUCUGCCCUUUUCUUUUUCUGUUGAACUCUCCUUUGCAUCUUUGUGUUUCACCCAUCAUAUGUCAGUAAUGAAGUCGGUUUACACUGCUUGCUUUUCCAGUUUUGUUCACUAAACUUUUCUCUUUCAUUUUCAGUUUUACUUACUGAUUUCUGUUCAACCUUUUUUCUUUUCUGUCAAAAAUAUUUUCUCGCCUUUAUUCCUGUCCUGUCUUGGCUCAUACUGUAUAUAUAUAUGCCUACCCUUUGUUUGCUGCACCCCCUGAACACACAAACUCUCACACACCUGUCCGUACAACCUCUGACAGCCCUCCGUCUGGGCAGCUUAGUGAGCGGUAUCUUGAGCUCAAAGAGUCGUUCCUCACAGAUGUCUGACUCAAGGCAGACUCCCACGUCCUCAGUUCAGAGUAAGUUGCUACACAGUGGGGGUGGUGCCUCGUUUUUUUGUUCCUCUUUUUACCCAAACACCAGUUAAAGAAAGGCUCCUGAAUCCUGUUUUGCUCAUAUCAUUUCCUGACCUUUAUAACCCGUGGUUUGACCUGAUUUAAUUACACAUUUUUCUUUUCAUCAGGGUAAAAACUUGUUUUAUACUCUUGAUUAUCUGUUUUUUUAAAUUAAUCUUGGAUUUAAGAAGAUGUCCUUCUACUGUACAUGUAUCAUCAGGCAUAAGAUUCUCUCCUCACCCCUCCUUACUGUCUGACUUUCCCAAACAAUGACACACAGAAAACAGCUGAUGUAGACACAUUGUCAUACACACAGUGUUGUAGCGUAUGGCUGUGAAAGCGCUUAAGAACUGAUUUAACAUUUCUUUAAUCCUAAUAUGUCUUUUUGUUGCAAAAAUUAAGUAAUUUUUUUAAUAUCCCCCAGCCUGCACCAAUAACAAUAAAGGUAACUGUCCACGUUAUUUAGUUAAAACUGCUUCUGUAGGAAAUACUUGCAUCUGAGCAUUGGUUUGUCUUUGUUAAUAUGAAGCUUUGUUGGGUGAAAGGAAUCGUGUCAUCUUGCAUUUUCCUGCCUGAAAUCAAUAUUAGUCAUGGAAGGUUUUCUUUCUGUUGUUUUUAUCACUCAAAGAUAAGAGAAAAUAACGUGACACGAAUCUUAAGCACCUUCCAUGUCUAAUAAUGUUGAAAUCCUGCUAGUUUGUAGAGUAGAACCCAUUUGAAGCUUAUUAACCUCACAUCUGCCUGAAGUACAGAAUACAGUAGCUUUUUUAUACGUUUGUGUUGCUCAUGAUGGUUUUUCUUCUUGUAUUGUAGCCCGCAAACAGGAAAUCAUCAAAGUCACUGAGCAGUUGAUCGAGUCUAUCAACAACGGCGACUUUGAAUCCUACGCGUGAGUUUAUGUCUCCCUGCAUUUGUACAGAAGCACUUGAUUCAUUCACUCAUUUCCUGACCCUUGUUUUUGCUGAUCCUGUAUUCUGUUUGUGCCACAACAGUAAGAUUUGUGAUCCGGGUCUAACUUCCUUUGAGCCUGAGGCCCUGGGCAACCUGGUUGAAGGACAUGACUUCCACCGCUUUUACUUUGAAAACGGUGAGUUUAAAGUACAAGAAUCAUAUUAUUACAGAAACGUCAAUACCGUCACCAAGGUCGCCGUGCGUGGCCUCAAUUGGCACAUGUAGCACAAUGAGUAGGUAAACAAUAUAAAGUAGGGAUAUAGAAUCUACUAUAGAUACUGAGUGUUUUUGUCUGAAAGAGAGCAUUAUAAUGCAAAAGCAGUGUGAGCUGAAUUAUUAGUUCAUUGUCACUGUAGAGUCUUUUCAGUUUUUUUAUAUUUAUAUGUGUUGGUAAACAACGAGGUCAAGGCUGAGAUUAUGAACCUCGAGGCGAAAUACCGAUAAUGAAUAGUGACGGCUAUAAAUGGGAGAAUGUCCUCAGUCCGGGUAAAAAUAGUUGAGAUAAACCAGAUAUGUCCUAGAAACCUCAAUCACUUGGCGGGACUGUGCUUGACCACUAUCCAACAUCAACAUAUGGAGACUUUUAGUUCAGCUUGUUUUGGUGUCAGUUCAUUUUCUCUAAAGGAAGGUUUGAGUUUGUGUUUUUAACAUACAUCUAUAUUUCCUUAAGCUUGGCUCACUGUGGAGCAGAUGACAGAUAUAUCUUAUUUCAUGAAUUAGAUAUGUGGUACUACGUGAAUGUUGCUCCAUGUAAGAAGCGCUUUUGUCUCUCAUCAAGCUCUGUCCAAAGGGAACAAGCCAGUGCACACCAUCCUCCUGAACCCACAUGUGCACCUCAUUGGAGAAAACGCAGCAUGUAUUGCCUACAUCCGCCUGACCCAGUACAUGGACGGCAGUGGCAUGCCCCGCACCAUGCAGUCUGAGGAGACCCGUGUGUGGCACCGCCGCGAGGGCAAGUGGCAGAAUAUCCAUUUCCACCGCUCUGGCUCACCCAGCAUCCCGUCCCAGUAAGAGACAGUAAGAAACAUAUGAUCAGUCUCCAGAUUUUUAACUGCUAACCUUGUAGAUGUGGUCAUUAUGCUGUGAUAUCACUUACAGAUCCUAUUGAAGGAGGAAAUGAGUCAGCUUGACCCCUUUGUUGAGACUACAGUCUGAGCCAGCUCUACAGCGUAUCCUAGCUUAGUUUAAGAAACUCCAACCAAACACAGAUGUCUUUGUAAAUGUAUGCUGUAUUUGUUGACCUUUGGGCCUGUCAUCAUCGCUGCCAAGAUUAAUAUUUUUUUAGUUUUUAGUUUCUUUGAAAACCUGAACAUCAUGUAGUUCAGAUAGUAAAGCUCCAUGUGCAGCUGUUGAUAGCCUUGGUCCUGGUCAGGUUCUCUGGACAGCUUGGCCACUCUCUCAACAAAAGGGCCAAGCUGACUGGCAUCCCCUGCGGUGAAUAACACUCACUUUUGACAGAUAUACAACCUCACUUUAAAAACAAAACUAUCUCUUAAAUGUGGGCGUUAAAUUACUCUGGGCCCCGCCCCUCAGAUUGUCACCAUGCUCACGAAGUACCCAAACCUAGCAUUGCAAAUGACAAAGCUGAAAAAGGAGUACAUUUAUCGCUCAGUGUUCACUUUUAAUUCUUUAAUCUUUUCAUUUUUUAUUGGUUUAGUAAGCUGGUAAAACAAGAAAUUCCACAACUGUUGUUAAGCUCAUGCUAGCACUUACACUGAGCCUGUAAGAUGACUGACCUUGGAUUGUUCCCAGGUGACCCACUUCCAAAGAAAAACUAUAAAAGUCUGAAACAUUUUUUAGUGAAACUUUUCAGUGAACUUGGCAGACCCAAGUUUUGUCAUUUGUUCCUGUUAAUACGGAGAAACUGGUUUGCCAAGUACUUAAAAGCACUGAGGAAUUUAAACAAAACUUUUUAACUUGUCGUGGCAGGAGAAGCACAGCUGACACCUUUCAAAUUAGUGGGAGUUUGGGUAAAUAGACCCUGAACAGUUAUGUAAUGUCUUCAGACUAAAUUUAUCACUGAAAUGAAGAUAAACAAAAGUAAAUAAAAAACCCCAAUUAGGCAGUUCUCUAAGUUGGAGAAGUGUGAAUAAAUAUAUGCCUCUUUCACAACUCCAUCCUCCUUGAAGGACUUCUUGUUUUUAGCAAGAUUGUGACUGAUGUGAUAAGAUGCUGUUGUUGCAGCUUUCCUCCUUGAAGGACUUCUUGUUUUUAGCAAGAUUGUGACUGAUGUGAUAAGAUGCUGUUGUUGCAGCUUUCCCUUUGGUGGUAGGCCAAGUAAAUCUGAUCGCUUUAUUGCACAGUCUUUUUAAGCACCACUCCAAAUUUCCCUUCUUUGGCAAAGCCACACUUCAUUGCAGAUACCACAGUUGAACCUUGAAUUUGAGCAAUCAGAUAAAUAAUGUUUCUCCCACUCUUUAUGAAGAUAUUUUUUCUGUGUUAUCAUCAUCCACUUUUGUGCUGUGAAAGUGUAGCUAUCAGACUGAAUGAUUGACAGCUAUCCACCACCACUCACACUCAUGCUCUAACUCUAGGUACAUGCUAAGUAAAUUGCCAGGCAAUGUUCCCAGAAUGCUUCCCUAGUGAGACGAGUAUCCAAAGGAAUGAAUGUAAUCUGUCCUUUUUUUUUCAAGUUAAUUUUGUUUCUGCAGUGCAUUGAAGUGUAUCUGACAGGACAUUAUUGCAUACAAUUUGAUUUCCACCAUAGACUGUAUAUAGAUUGGACAGCGUCUGCCUCCUCGCUGGGUGAAGCCACUCUGAGAACAGCGCACCCUGGUGAUGGGCUGCAGUAUAGAUCAUAAAUCCCACUUCCACAAGCAAUCCCUAUGGAGCUGUGGACAAACUUUAGAAAUUUAUUACACAGAAUUAAAAUUUUCCCCCCUCUGGUUGUGAUGUUGACAUGUAGUUACUGUCAGACUGGUUUGUGCUCAAGUCCUCUUUUUUCUGUGCAGCUCCAUUUUUAAAAGUUAUUAGGGGGUUCAUGUUUUCUAUGAUUGACACUUGAUACAGCCUAUGGGCGUAUGACAAUUGCGUAGCUCACCUGGGGGAUGCGCUGCUUGAGCCGAGCGUCAUCACAGCGACUUUCCUGCCGAAUGCGCACAAUGCUACUGCGCAAUGUUGGUUUCAGGAAGUGGAGGAAAAACGCAGAAUUACCGAGAGCUUUUCGACUUCAAAUCCGUAUACUGGCGGAAGGUGGAACCAAGUUGUCCAUAGUAUAUACAGUCUAUGAUUUCCACAAAUAAAACAACUGAUUGGGAAUCGGUCCAUAGUCCACUGGUCGACCCCUGAUCAACUGGUCGGGCUCCACUUCUUGGACCAAACUGCUAUUGUAAGAUUUAUGAACCAACAACAGUUUGGAUAGAUGUUUGCCCCUAAGCAACUUUGCUAGGUUUAAGAUAGUGGAUCUUGAUGGCCUGGGACAUGAUCAGAGGCCUCCAGAGGACAAAGAAAAGAGUGAGCAUCUAUGGUGUAGUUCUACAAUUCUAUGGUUGUAAUCUAUAUAUGAUCACAAAACUGCCAACACACUGUUUAUUUCAUGGAAAUGUUCAUUAGUCAGUGCUCUCCAGAAUUAUGUACUGAACUCUCUCUCUCUCCCUUUACAGUUAAUGGAAUAUCAACAUGUGUUCAGAAAAAAAAACAAAGAAAAAAAAUCCCAUCAGCAAAUCUAGUGGGGCAGUCUACUAGCCAACCCAUGACUGCCCUUUGCCCUUUGACCCUUCAAUGAGGACAUGACAUCGCACAGGACACAAGUAUCAAUACGUUUUACUGUUAUGGCAUUUUAUUAAUGGACAUCAUUCGAAACCACCGCUGGGUGGCUGCACACAGUAUUUGGACAUUAUGAAACAAGCAUAUUGACGACAUAAUUUUUGUUUGUUUUUUAAGAUGUUUUGGUAUGCAUUUUAAAUAUAAAAUAGAGAUGUUUAAAAAUCUACUACUGUAACCUCUCCCAAAAAUUAGUUCUGUAUUUUUAUGUGUAUUUAUGUGUGUGCAGUACAAAAACAUUUGGAAGAUCAGAAUGUUAAAAUUAAGCUUGCUUUAGUUCUGGUGAUGUAUAUACAUUGUGAUUGUUGAUAAAAAAACAAAAACAAACAUUGAAAUUGCUAUUCUUGCUAACAGAGGAAUUAAGAGUUUAAGUAAAAUUCAGUUUAUGAGCUACAUUUAUGUUUGCUAUGAGCUAAGUCAUCCUGUUUGAAUCGUCCGAUUUCAACCUAUAAUACUAAUUUAAAUGUAAAGAAAAGCAGAGCAGCUUACACUUUGCAUUGAGAUAUGUUUGCCUUUAUAUCAGUGAAAUAAGAAAUAAGAGAAUGUAGCAUAUGUGUAAUAUAUGAAAAUUCAAGACUAUUGUGUAGUGCAUGGGGGGAAUAUUGUAAGUAAGAUCAUAUGAAACUAUAAUAUCUUCUGUUUGAUUUGUGAAUCACUGACUUGUUUGUUUGCAUUUGUUAAUGUUGUGCAUCAGUCCUGUCCCAAAUGUUUCUAAUGUCCUCCAGUAUCAUGGAACUGUUGUGAAAACAAUAACACAGUUAUGGUUAACAUCCAGCGUAAAUAUCAGAACCUCAUAUCUUAGAAGAGGAAAAUAAACUCCUGGUUGCCGAAGCACCCCUUGCAUUUUGUAUAAAAAUGAGAAGUAAAUGAGCUCAUUUUUCAUAAUGUUUGUACUUGUAUUGUAUGACUGUAUGUAGGAUUUCUGUUGUCAUUUUAUUCUUGUCAUUUCCAGUGUGGUACUUCGCCAAUUGCACAGAGAAGGUGGAGAUGAUGAAGAUGGCGUAAAGGCACUUUAGUCCCAGCCUCAGUUAGGUUAAGUGUUAACCUGACAGUUGGGCUAAUAAAUCUGGAAGCGUCGUAAAAGCAUUGGAUUGAAGAGUGUUGCAGUCAAAAAAGAGGAUGGUUUGACAGCGGCGAAUGAGACAAACGAGAGUUGGACUGCAAUAAAAGUUGGGAUGUCUUCCUCGGCGAACAGUGCUUCGAACAGCCAGUGCUCUCUGCUACAGGACAAUGCCAGUGUCUUUGUCAUCCUUACUGUUUGCUCUUUUCAAUUGGUCGGUCUCUUUUUUAAGGGGAAAAUAUGACAAACAUUUCUUUUGACGAAACGUAUGAUGUCAAUGCAAUGCACCAAUCCUUACAUGGUGUGUACCUGUUGCCAGCUCGGCGAUGGAUGGCUUAACAUGUUUAAGAAAUAAAUAAAUCAGCUAAAAGGUGUGAUAAUUAAUGAGUUUGUUGUGAUGGUCGGUAAUGAUCAACAUACAUAGAUGAACUAGAGCUUAGGUAGUACAGAAGGAGCAUUUGAGUUAUUCCUUUUUAAUCUUUGCUUUAUUUUAAUGUACUCUUGAUAUGUAUUAGUGCAAAUAAGGAUUAUGAAGUGGCUCCCUAUCAAAUUAAGCGUCAGAAUGCCAUUAGAUCACUUAACUAAGUAGCACUCUGAUUCACAUUAUCAUUAACAGCAUUGAGAUACAUCCUAUCUUUUAAGUUGGAAUCACUUAAGACCUUUUGUAAAAGAGUUACUAGAGACUAAUUGGUAUUCACAGUAAAAAUUGGUUUAAUAUUUUGGAAACUACUCUUGUGCAUGUCAGUUGUAUUGGGAAAAUUGUGAUCUAGUAAGCAGAAAUUGUUGAAAAAAGUAUUUUUUCCCAAUAUAUUUAUUCUUUUUGUGCUUUGUCUGUUUUUGUUACCAUAAAAAAAUCCGUUUUCAGAUGCUCUGUAUCUGCAGUACCUGUGAUGCCCAGCUGAGGGCAGUAUAGGGCCUGUUUAGCACUUUUGCUUCUCUCAUGUCCGGAUACCGGAUAUUAAAAACCUACAUUGUGAGCUUAAA